AUGGGUAACUCGUCGAGCAAGGAGAAGAAGCUCAAGCGCACCUCGUCGGUCGCGAGCACGGCUUCAGCCGCAGUCGGUUCGUCCUUCAACGCGGGCGUCAUCACCAACUCGGCCCCACCAUCGUCGUCCUCGACAUCGGCCACAGCCGGUGACCCGCAAUCCCGAGCGGGAACACACGACGGUAUUUCCCGCUCGUCGGGCACAACCUCAGGCGAUGCGACGGGCCUCGGGACGGCGCUGCCGCCUUCGUCAUCCGGCGCCGCCUCAGCCGCAGCCGGCGGUGCUACAGCGAAUGGCGCGUCCAGCCUCGCGUCGACCUCGGUGCAGUCCUCGUCGUCGAUGGCCGACAUCCCGACGACGCAGACCAUCCUCGCCAACCCCAUCUCGCUGCAGCAGUCGGUCGGCUCCGGCGUCGGCACUCUCGGCGCCGCUUCCUCGGCCUCGUCCGCCGCCGCCGGUGGGUUCAGUGCCGGCGGAGCCAACAACUUCAUGUCGACAACAACACCAGCCAGUCCGGCGCGACCGCAGACGUUCGACAUUGACGACAUGAUCUCGCGUCUGCUCGACACGGGCUACUCGGGUAAGGUCACCAAGUCCGUUUGUCUCAAGAACGCCGAGAUCACGGCCAUCUGCCAGGCCGCUCGCGAGGUCUUUUUGUCGCAACCUACUCUCAUCGAGCUCUCCCCACCGGUCAAGAUCGUCGGAGACGUGCACGGCCAGUACUCGGAUCUGAUCCGGCUCUUUGAGAUGUGCGGCUUCCCGCCGAGCGCCAACUACCUCUUCCUCGGCGACUACGUCGAUCGGGGCAAACAGUCGCUCGAGACGAUCCUACUGCUGCUGUGCUACAAGAUCAAGUACCCCGAGAACUUUUUCCUGUUGCGAGGCAACCACGAGUGUGCGAACGUGACGCGAGGUGGGUGGAGGAUGCUCACGUACGCAACGAAACGAAAUCGUGUCGUCGUGCUGACUGGCUUCUGCCGCGCCACAGUGUACGGCUUCUACGAUGAGUGCAAACGGCGGUGCAACAUCAAGAUUUGGAAAACCUUCAUCGACGUGUUCAACUGCUUGCCGAUCGCGGCCGUCGUCGCGUCCAAGAUCUUUUGCGUCCACGGUGGGCUGUCGCCGUCGCUGUCCUCGAUGGACGACAUUCGUCGGAUAUCGAGACCGACGGACGUGCCUGACUAUGGCUUGCUCAACGAUCUGUUGUGGUCCGAUCCGUCCGAUACGGCGCUUGACUGGGAGGACAAUGAGCGUGGUGUUAGUUAUUGCUUCGGAAAGACCGUUAUUGGCGCAUUUUUGGCCCGCUACGACUUUGACCUCAUUUGCCGAGCACACAUGGUCGUCGAAGGUGAGUUCUUGCUUUGCUGGCGCGCUUCGCGUAGUUUCUGAGCUGACUAUUGAGGAUCGCGCGCGUAGACGGGUACGAGUUCUGGAACGAGCGCACUUUGGUCACCAUCUUUUCAGCACCGAAUUAUUGCGGCGAGUUUGACAACUUUGGCGCCGUCAUGUCUGUAUCGGAGGAUCUCUUGUGUGCUUUCGAAUUGCUCAAAGUAAGUGGCCCAGACCCUGCACUGCCAUCGGAUGACUCUUAAUCCGUGCUUGCCCUUCCAUCUCUGCGCAGCCAUUGGACGGCGUGCAACUCAAGAAGGAGAUGGCCAAAAAUCGUCGACGACUGUCGCAAGGUCUCGCCCAGGCGGGGGUCACCGCACCGGCAACCUGA